UCGUCUCCUCGUUGUUGAGCAAUUCUUCCCAAAUCGGCGGCGACCUCUCUCCGAUCUCCACCUACCGGGCUCGAUGCGGGCGAUCUCGUCGGCGGCGGGAGGGAUGCUGCGGGCGCGGCUGCGCGGGGCGGCGCGCGUCCGCGGCGGCGGGCAAGGCGAGGGCGCGGGGCGGUGGUCGACCCCGGGGCACGAGGAGCGGCCCAAGGGUUACCUGUUCAACCGGCCGCCGCCGCCGCCGGGGGAGUCGCGGAAGUGGGAGGACUGGGAGCUUCCCUGCUACCUCACCUCCUUCCUCACCGUCGUCAUCCUCGGCGUCGGGCUCAACGCCAAGCCCGACCUCACCCUCGAGACCUGGGCGCACCAGAAGGCGCUCGAGCGCCUCCAGCAGCAGGAGCUGGCCUCCGCGGAGGCGCAGGCCGAGUGAUCUGCGCGCCACAGGUCACCCCGAACCAUAGAUUUACGUCUGUUUUGCUUCCAAUAAGAUGGUUGAGAUGUGCGGGCUAAAACACUGUGCUGUUGUUUCUGUUUCCUUGUGGAAUUUAUCCGAUGGUGGCGAAUGCCUUCAACAUUUUGGAAUGCUUUGCAAUUGUAUUAUUUUUCCCUCCUUUAGAUGUGCUGCACUGCAAAUUUUCGUGAGCACAGCUAGAAUUUAAUUAGUCUCUCCCAUUCCCAAA